AUGUGGAAGUCACUUUUUCUCGUCGCCAUCUCUGGCGUCCAGGUCUCGCACGUCUCAUCGAAGGCCAUUGCUGAUGGAUACACCCAAAUGGGGCAGCCGUUUCGCUUCAAUAAGAACUUUGUAGCCUCCGCGCCUGCCUUCGAGGAGUCGAGCUCUGAAGUGUGGUGGCCAGCCACAGGGAGACCGCCACUGCGAAAAGCCCAGCGAGCGCAUUUGGACGAGACUUUUGAUGUGGCCAUGCACACAGACACGUCUUUCCCCAGCCCUUUCGAGCAACCAGAGAAAUGUGUUGCCUUCUCCAGCCUCUCCCACUCCUGGGUCUGCGAUCCCGACCAUUUGCUCUCGCCAGAAGAGCAAGCAUUCGUCGAGGCGCGCCUGCUCAAGCUUCGUGAUACCGCGAAGAGCAGUUGUGAUGACUCCGACAACUAUUACCAGACUGCAGUUGCCGUCGCUUCAGAUAUUGUGGUGAAUGCCAAUGAAACACCACAAGAAGCCACCGACCGUUUCGCCGAAUCACUACUCAGACGCUGGGGUGUGGGCAACAAAGGCUGCCAUGAUGGCAUAGUUUUGGCAUUCGUCAAGAACCUCAAGACCGUCAGUCUCGCCACCCGCGAAAACGUCGACGCCCGCGUUGCAAGCGCUCUGUUCAAGACACACAUCCAGCGCUCCAUGAACCAUGUGUUCCUCUCGACUGGUUCACCAGCUGCAGCUGUAGCCACAGGCGUAGAACUUGUGAAUCGUCACCUACCCCGCGCACCCACUGGACUGAGCUGGAGUGCCACCAUCCUCCUCACGCUGGGUGGAGUCUAUCUUGCUUCUGUACUUGGAAUCUACUAUUCACUGAACACAUUCAUGAUGAAGAGCUAUACUGUCGAACAGUAA